AUGACGGGCAAUGGCAGUGAACCCAAUAGCCAUAAACUGUACGUUGAGCGUCAACAUUUUCUCGAAGUGCAGGACGUGAUGGAAAAUCUAUUGAAGCUGCUGCUGUUUGCAAUACUGUUCGUGAGCCGAGGAAACUGUGGAUCGAUAGAUCAUGUCAACCAAACAACGGUGCUUUUAAGUAUGUCAGGCGAAAUCGACCAGAGGUUCUUUGCACGGGCGACCGGUAAUAAUACGAGCCUGCUCGUUUGGCAUAGCGACUCCAGCAAACUGGAAUUAACCACGAAUAACUCACUGGAAGCGCUGUCCGUCAUGGAAGCACCAAAACUGGACAAGGUUGUGCUAUAUCCGAACAUGCAACUAAAACACCUCAUUCUACGAUUCUGCCUGCUCGACGGGUUGGCUAUGUCACUGUACAACUUACGAGCACUGCGCGUGUUGAAACUCGAAAUCUGCCGGUUAAACGGCACGUUCAAUCUAGCGGAGCUGCUACCCCUUGGAAAUCUCACCACGUUUAGUUUGGAAGGAAAUAAGUUACAAGAAAUUGUACACCAAGCAGAUGGGUCUGUCGACCAAACGGAACCGUCGUCCGCACUUAGAAUACUCGACUUAAGUUCCAACAUAAUCGAACACUUCUAUCUGGACGUGUUGGGGGCAUUUCCCGUGCUAAGCGAGCUGCUUCUACGACGGAACAAGUUAGUUUCAUUUGCCGGUAGCAUCUCGCUUCAGAAGUUGGGAAUGCUUAGUGUUUCGUAUAACCUACUUACCGAACUGGAUCUUUCAGGGUGCAACUGCAGUUCACUGCUGAAUGUUUACGUAGAGUACAAUAGAUUGCGCACUUUUCCAGUGUUUGGUGACCGGAUUUCUGGCAUUGAAGCGCUCAAUUUGAAUAAUAACCAGCUCCGCGCGUUCAACACAGUGGAGCUGCGAAAACAACAACAUCUAAAAACGCUAAUAAUGUCCAAUAAUGUACUGAAAAGCUUCCACGAUGAAAACGGGAAUGAGACUGCAGUAGAGUUGCCAGCUUUGGAAUUUUUAGAAUUGCUUAACAAUCCAAUCGAAUCCCUCGAUCUAGGUGGUUGGCAGCUACCGGCACUCAAAACUCUGCGCGUCAUGAAUAACUCGUUGGUAAUGAUACCGGACGACUUGUGGCAGCGGUACCCGCAACUAGCGAAUAUGUUUUGCUUUUGUCCAAAUAUACCUUGUGAAUGGAUACAGCGCCACGUGGACCAUAUUCGGAGCGGCAGGAUUGAGAUGAGUGUGGCACGGGAAGGACCGAUGCAAGUCGGCAAAGGUUAUCGUUGCGUCACUGUACCAUACGUCGGCUGUGUAAGGUGUCCCUUUAGACGAAAGGAAGACGAGACGACAAAUUCCGCGCAUUGAAUGAUUUAUACGAAGAAUGAAUGAUUAGUGCAACGUGUUUCCGAACGGUUUGACAUUGAAUAAUUAUGAAGUAUU